CCUUAACCUAACCACAAUUCAACUUAACCAGUUCCUUAGAAAUGAGGUUCAGCCAUGUAUAUAAGAACACCCACUCUUGUAGAACAUUUGUAGUAAGAUACAGUAAUGUAUUCUAACUCUAAUCCAAUUCUAACCCUAACCCUGAAACAAAGUCUAAACCCUCAUAAAGCCAUUCUUUAUAUACAAAGACAGCUCUGUACUUGUGAUGACAUGGAGGUGUUCAGGGUCAAACCAGCUUUACAUAAAUGUUUUAUUACCACUCUGGUUAAAUCAGUAACUACACAGAGGCUUAUCAAGCUGAACAGACGCACAAACGUCUCAAAGUUUAUGUUACAAAACAUACUGUGUAUAAUUUAUGACGAGUAAUAGAAGGGAGUUUCUCUUACUGCAUGUUACCAAACAUCGGUGAGAUGUUAGAAAAACAAAUGAACAAAAUCACACACACUAAUUUAACAUCUCAAGUGAUAUCAGAAAAAUUGAUCAGAAUGUUGAUCAGUGAUUCUUUUUUUACUCUACACGUGAGUGAAGUUUUACCACGGUGUGGUGGAGGAGCAGCUCCCAGGACUGUUUGAAUGACUGGUUCAAGGCCAUGUCCCAGAAGUCAUGGAUAAAAUAACCUACAGAGGAGAAACAUGAAAAGGAUGAAAUCAAAAUGAAAACAUUUUACUUUUUUAUUUAACCAGGUAAAAGACCCCAAGACGAGGACGACUGGGACAAGAGGUCAGUAGCGCACAUCUUAAUAAUUCUCACAAAUGCAAGAAACCGAUUACAAACAAUAAAUUAAAAUAAAAUAAUGGUUUUAAAAGUGCAGACAAGUUGACCGUUAAAGAGCAGGAGUUGUGAACGCAGUAACAAUUUUAAGAACUCAGGCACUGAUCAAUGGAUUCCACCCAUCUUCUACAAAUGUAUCCUCCACAUGUGGUCAAAAGGCAGGGUACACCAUGGACAGUACGCCAGUCCAUCACAGAUGAAAAUGCUGCUGAUAUAUGUAUGGCUACUAUAUAAUGCUCAUUCCUGUUGCAAAGGCUUCACCUGUGGAUACAGCUACUAGGCUGUGGGAAGACACGGAGUGAAAUGAGAUCAGGUCCUCCAGCAUCUGAGGCUGGAGGGAGAAACUGCAAGGCAAGAGCGAGAGAGAGGAGAGAGAUCUCAACACGAGUGUAAAUAAUUUGAAAUGUGAUGAAGGGUUUUAUCUUUACACACCAUAAAACCGCCCAUGCUCCUGUCAGCGAGCUGUGAGCCAGAGAAGUGCUGAUGUUCCUCCACUUCCAGGAUUUCUUUGUUGCCAGCACUGCCGCCGGCGUUGGCAGGAACCUGACAAUGGUGUUCAGCAGUUUGAAAGACAAUGCCGAUCCUCCUGUGACCAGGAGUGUUGACCUCAGAUCCAUCACCAGGCUUCACCGCAGAGCUGAGUUCACCUCGCCUGUGUCAUGCUCUGCUGUUGUCAGACCGCAUCCUCAGCGGUGGGAGAGUGUGGGCUGAAACUCUGUGUUUGGGAGGAAUGAAAGGGAGGAAAAAAUAAACACAGUCUUCAACCAGCGAUGUAUAUUUUGAAGCGAUCGUCGCCCUCUAACACGCAUUCCUUCAUCACGUGAGGCGAUAAACUGAUCACUGAUAACAGCUGAAGGGUCCCGGCCCUUCCAUGGGUCAGAGUCAUUGAAAGGUCAAGAUAAGACUCCUAAUCUGCACAGCAGUGUACACUUACUGGCCCCUUUAUUAGGUACGGGACACUUAGUAAAGUGGCAGGAGUGGCACCUGGUGAGUGUCAUAGGCAGGUUGCACUCCUGUUCCUCCCCUUUUCAGUCGGUGUGUCAAUCAGCUGCUCAACUGGUCUUCGCCUCCCACACACCCGGUUCCAAUCUCCUCAUCAAGCUCCCAAUAUCGACAGCAGCUCUCCUCCCCCUCAAGGCCAGAUUGUUGUAUCACCUCAUGUGUGUUCCCGACCUACCAUCAGCCCGCCUAGUCCCUGCCAGCUCACCUGCCACACCACCCAGCUCCCUCUGCCCGUCCAGCCGCCUGUACAUCACCAUUUUCUCCCUUGCUUCAUUCUGCUCCUCCUCUGUGUUCUGCGCCCACCUUAACACUCCAUCGUCACACUGUAAAUCCAAGAGAUGAUUGUACGCGAAAAUCCCAGAGUUCUUGGCAGUUUCUGAAACACCCAGACCAGCCUGUCUGACACCAACAACAAUGACACAUUUAAAUCGUAAUGUAGUUAAUCUUAUUAAAUACUAUAAAAUACUCAAAAUAAGGUCCCUGCAUUCAAAAAUUGAGACGUAUUAUCAACAAAACCUACCCUAAAUACCAAUAGUAAAAGUACAUUUCAAUCAGGAUUUUACUGAUGCUGACAUUACUUUAUCCUGCUUUACACUGAGGUAGUUCAGUCUGGUAGAUUUAAACCUAAAGGACAGGAUCUUCCAAAUGAUUAAUAUUUAAAUCUGAGGGCUUGUGGGAUGACUAACGGAGAGGAAAGAAGAAAAUAACAUAACCAGAAAUAACAUUGUAAAGGAAUUUGGGGUCUUUGGGUAAAUGUACAACCAUUUGACAGCAUGAGUCCAGGUUUUGGUUAUAAUGAAUCAAACUAAAAGUACAGAAUUAUCUGAAAAUGUAGGUAAGUAGAAGAAAAAAGUAGGAGUUGUAAAAAUCACAAUAGUUGAGUAAAUGUUGGACGUGUUUUUUCCACAAUAGUAGUCAGAGAUAAAUCUUAAAACCAUGCAUGUCCAACAACAGUCCACCUCUGGUUUGGUAAUUUGAGCCUUGUCGUGAGUCCAUUCAGUGUCCUGUGCUGCCUCGUCAGCCGUUUCCUCUGUGCUGCUGUUGUGAAAUACAAAAGACUUUUCUGUGGAACAAUGACACGGCUGAAUCCACCACGGACAUCACUCAAACUCUUCAUUCAACACGGUCCCAAAAGUCACCUUUUGGUUGAUUUGUGCUUUAUUUUCCGUAUGAAAACCCAAAUCUUCCAACUUUUCAACAAGGGAUGAGGGUCGGGGAUGGACUGGUUGCCACGGAAACGGGCUCAUAUAUCAUCAUUCAGCUGAUGAGCAGGGAACAAACCGCGGCCGCAAACGUCUGUCAGUGGAGCAUUGGACUAACUUUCAACUUGUCUGUGGAGAUUUUGUGAAUCUGUGUGACCUUUUGCAUAAAUCAGAGGAGAAUCAGAGGCAUGUCGGUCACCAAACCACACUCUGAUCCAGAAGAAACGUCAGAGGAGCUGACGGCAGCCGUGUGUCUGGAGUCAGACCUGCAGGAUGGACAGAUGAUGGAGGUUGAAGUGGGACAUCACAGCGUGUUGCUGACUCGCUCCGACGGCAAAUACAGUGCCAUUGGUAACCAGUGUACACACUAUGGGGCUCCGCUCAGCAAAGGAGUUCUUUCAGGCCACAAAGUGCGCUGUCCAUGGCACGGCUCCUGUUUUAAUGUCCAAACAGGAGAUCUGGAGGAGUUUCCUGGUAUGGACUGUUUACCCUGCCACAAGGUCAAAAUUCAAAACAGUAAAGUGUACGUGUCUGUCAUCAAAAAGACUCUCUUGCAGGAAAAAAGACUGAAGAGUAUGGGAACUGCAGUACCAGGAGUUACUCACACUAUUCUGCUGCUGGGAGGAGGUCCCGCGUCACUGAUCUGUGCUGAAACUCUCCGUCAUGAAAACUUCGGCGGCAGAAUAAUCAUGGUCACCAGAGACAACCUUUUACCUCACGACAAAACCCGCCUCAGCAAGGUGAUGAAUGUGGAGAGCGACAGUAUUCUGCUGCGGAGGAUGGAGUUUUUCCAGCAGUACGACAUCAAGGUGUGGCUCAGGAAAAAAGCACUGUCGGUGGACACAGACAAGAAGACAGUCACGUUUGAUGACGCUUCUGUCCAGAGCUAUGACCAGCUCCUCAUUUCAACUGGCUGCAGGGCAAAAUGUCUGGAUGUGUCCGACAUAAACCUGGACAACGUCAAGAUGUUGGAGACUCCAGAAGACGCCCGACAAAUCCACGCAGCUUGUCUGGGCAGCAACGUCGUCCUUGUGGGAACGUCGUUUGUUGGUAGCAUGGAAGUUGCGUCUUAUUUGAUAGACAAAGCCUCCAGUAUCACAGUGAUUGGUAGCAGCGAGCUGCCGUACCAGAACACACUGGGUCCUGAGAUUGGCAAAUUCACUAUGAUGAUGCUUUCAGAGAAAAAUGUGAAAUUCUACAUGAAUGAUAUCGUGACGGAGGUCAAAGGUGUGAACGGCAAGGUGAAUGAGAUUGUGCUUAAAAGUGGGAGAAUUAUUCCUGCUGAUGUUCUGAUCGUUGGCAUCGGCGUCGUUCCAAACUCAGAGAUGCUGAGAGGCAGCAAUAUACAGAUGGAUGCAAAAAACUUUGUACCAGUUGAUAAGUACAUGCACACCAACAUCCCUGACGUGUUUUGUGCGGGUGACCUGACCACCUUCCCCCUGGCGAUGGCCAAAAACCGGAUGGUGAACAUCGGACACUGGCAGAUAGCACAAGCACAGGGGAGAAUAGCAGCCCUGAAUAUGAUGAAUAAACCGACUGAACUCAACACAGUUCCAUUCUACUGGACUGUCUUACUGGGUGUGACAAUCCGAUAUGCAGGUUAUGGAGAAGGAUACACUGAGAUUGUGAUGAAAGGAACGUUUGAGGACAAGAAGUUUGUGGCGCUCUACAUCAAGAAUGAUGAAGUCAUAGCAGUAGCGAGUCUGAACUAUGACCCAGCAGCGUCUGCGGUGGCUGAGAGGUUGGCGUCAGGAAGAGUCAUCACAAAGAAAGAGGCCGAAUCAGAUGAUCUGAGCUGGCUGCAGCUUUCCUGAUCUCCACUUCUCCUCAUCACAACUCAUCGUCUGUGCAGUGUUGGUAUGAAACCACAACAUCUGCCUCUUCUUCUCUGUUCUCACCAAGGACAGAGAGUGGAAGAGACUUCAGUCUUCACACUCCUGUGUUCUGAAAGCAGGAGUGAAUCCAUACGUCACACAAACACCACAUACCUCAGAUGGAUGCAGCUUUUUUGGGGGGCUUUUACUAUUUUAUAUUAUUUAAUCCAACUUUUAUCUUUAUUCUAUUUUCACAUCUCACAUGUCUUCAGGGGUAUUUCACUAACAGUCACAUCCAUGAUGCCUCACGGUCUCCGCUGUUAAUAUUCAUGAGGUGGUGUGAGCGGCCUGAAGGUGCUGUGACCUCCGUGUCCACCGUGGCCGUGUAUGUGGGGAGGUCAGUGAGGUUUCAGAGGGGAAUUUAGGAGAACAGGGCGCCGCUGUUCAGCUCUUUGACCACAGAGAUGCUGAAACAGGCAACAGCAACAAAACACACCGACAGGGAACAAAGAAGACAGACCUCCAUGAAAGUGCAGUGUCUGACUGCUUUAUCACUUUAUUUCUUUACUUCUAAAUCAGUGUUUACACUCAGGUGAAAACCUCAGGUUCACAGUUCAACUCAUGAAGACUUUUUAACAACUGUAGAAGUUUUAGGGCUUAAAGCGCCAUUGGCUUAUAUUUUGUAUUGUUUUAUGUAAAUUAUUUGGAUUUUCUUUUUUUAAUUAAAUGCUAGGUCAUGGUGAAACGUUGCCGUUUUCUUUUGUUAUUCUUUGCACUGGGCAAGUUAUUAAUCAAGCGUAACAUUCAACCACUAAAAAAAUAAUAAUUCUGCUCAGGAAUGCAGGUAAAUAACUAUCAUUUGACAUCUUAAUCAAGA